UUCUGUCGUCUGCAGGUGAACUGCAGCGAGCCAAUGCAUCCGACUAUCCUACCUGGUGAUGACACACAAGAGGUGCUGACGGCGACCAGUCUCUACAUUCUCAAUCCGGGAGAAGGCUCUCCAGACGCGCUGCGCGUGUGCGACGAGCCGGAGCGCUGCGGCUACUUCGACCUGCUGCUGGGACUCGUCAUCGCACUCGGCAUCCUCCUGCUCUUCUGCGUCAUCCUCCUGCUGUGCCUGUGGCCGUGCGCCUACUCCCGCUGCUGCCGCGCCGGAGCCGCCGACGACGAGCGCAAGGAGGAGAUACCGGAGUACUUCGCGACGAAGGACUCCACCGACUGGGGAAGCACGAUACCGUUCAGGUUCGUUCCGCAGUACAACUCCGACUCGAACCGCGACAGCUACGACACGCGCUCCGACGUCACGAAGGAGUCGAACAACACGAUGGGCACUAAGAGCUGGCACCGCGCCUUCUCCGUGCACAGCACGCCCAUCUUCACCAACUACCCCGUCGUGCUGCCCGACGGACAGCAGGCGCCACCUGGCGCGCCGCACUCCGUCACCGGAUACAUGGGGAAAAAGUUGACAGUUGUUAAGAAGUCUAACCACUCCGAUGCUUAUUUCUCCAUGACCCGCGUCGCUCCAGUUUUCGUGCAAUGA